UCCAAGAAAGCCGCGUCCGGCCACCGCUUCAUGACCACUGUGAGAAGGAUGCUGCAACAAGCUCUCAGAGUAUCCGGCCGGAGCGCCUUCCCCCUGGUGAAGUGGAUGGAGAGGUGGGCUGAGCGCGCGCCCGUCAAGCCGCAGGCACUGAGGACCCUGGACGACAUGCCUGGACCGUCGGUCGCCAGCUUCGCCUGGGACUUGUUCGCUAGACGGGGACUGUCACGGCUGCACGAGCUGCAGCUGGAGGGAGUGCAGCGGUAUGGGCCCAUGUGGAAGGCGAGCUUCGGCCCCAUCCUGACAGUUCAUGUGGCUGAUCCGGCUCUUAUUGAGCAGGUUCUGAGGCAGGAGGGCCAGCACCCCAUGCGCUCUGACCUUUCCUCCUGGAAGGACUACAGGAAGCUCAGAGGACACAACUAUGGACUCCUGACAUCUGAGGGGGAGGAGUGGCAGUCGGUGAGGAGUCUCCUGGGGAAGCAUAUGCUGCGACCUAAAGCAGUUGAAGCUUACGAUAAAACCCUCAACGGAGUGGUCAGUGAUCUCAUUGCAAAACUUCACCUUCGCAGACGCUCUCAGGGCCUCGUCUCUGACAUCGGCAGCGAGUUCUAUCGCUUUGGCCUUGAGGGCAUUUCCUCAGUGUUGUUUGAAUCCAGAAUCGGUAGCCUGGAUGAAGUUGUCCCAGAAGAGACAGAGCGUUUCAUCCAGUCCAUCAACACCAUGUUUGUAAUGACGCUUCUCACCAUGGCCAUGCCAAAGUGGUUGCACCAGCUGUUUCCAAAACCCUGGAACAUCUUCUGUCAGUGCUGGGACUACAUGUUUGAAUUUGCGAAAGGUCACAUUGACCAGCGUCUGACGGCCGAAGCAGAGAAGGUUGCCCGUGGAGAGGAGGUGGAGGGCCGUUACCUCACCUACUUCCUAUCGCGGACCGGUCUACCCAUGAAGACUGUCUACAGCAACAUCACAGAGCUGCUUCUUGCAGGAGUCGACACAAUCUCCAGCACCAUGUCCUGGUCAUUGUACGAGCUGUCCCGUCACCCCGAGGUGCAGGCAUCGCUCCGGGAUGAGGUGUUGAGCGUGCUGGAGGGUCGAAGCAUACCGGAGGCAAAGGAUGUAGCCUGCAUGCCUCUCCUGAAAGCAACAGUCAAAGAAGUGCUGAGGUUGUACCCCGUUAUUCCUGCCAAUGCAAGAGUCAUUACAGAAAGAGACAUCCAGGUUGGAGGCUACCUCAUCCCUAAAAAUACUCUGAUUACCCUCUGCCACUUUGCAACAUCGCGGGAUCCAGCAGUGUUUUCAAACCCAGAUGAAUUCCAGCCCCAUCGAUGGUUGAACAAGGACCAGGCUCACCACCCGUAUGCCUCUGUACCAUUUGGAGUGGGAAAACGCAGCUGCAUAGGUCGUCGUAUUGCUGAGCUGGAACUCUACCUCGCUCUUUCCAGGAUUCUCAUAGAGUUCGAUGUGAAGCCGGACCCAGAAGGGAUUUCUGUGAAGCCCAUGACACGGACGCUUCUGGUUCCUGAAAAUGUCAUUAGCCUCCAGUUUAUUGAACGAUGACCGACUCUCCUGUGCUAAUCUAUUACAUGUACGAGGACGUGAGUCUCUUCGCAGUCGAGAGCGCAAGCAGACAGAGUUAUCACAGGAGC